GCGGCGGCCCGGCGUGGCUCAGAGGCCCGGAGGAGGCGGACCGCACGGGGGUGUGGGGCGCGGAGCGGCCGGGAUCGCGCGGAGCAGCCGGGCACGGCGGCCUCGGCAGCCAGGGCCUGGGCCGCGGUUCGGUCGCGCGGGGCGAGCUGGACUUGCCAGUAUGGAGGAGGAGCUGCAGCAUUCACACUGUGUGAAUUGUGUCAGUAGACGGUGUAUGACCAGACCAGAGCCCGGGAUUUCCUGUGACCUAAUUGGUUGUCCAUUGGUUUGUGGAGCAGUUUUCCAUUCUUGUAAAGCUGAUGAGCAUCGACUUUUAUGUCCAUUUGAACGAGUGCCUUGCUUAAAUAGUGAUUUCGGAUGUCCGUUUACAAUGGCUCGAAAUAAAGUUGCUGAACAUCUAGAAAUGUGUCCUGCAAGUGUGGUGUGCUGUACUAUGGAGUGGAACCGAUGGCCAGUUAGUUAUGCAGAUCGGAAAUCGUAUGAAAAUCUAAGCAGAGAUGUCGAUGAAGUGGCACAAUUAGAUAUGGCCUUGGCCCUUCAAGACCAAAGGAUGCUCUUAGAAUCUCUCAAAGUAGCCACCAUGAUGUCAAAGGCAACUGAUAAAGUGGCAGAACCUAGAGAACAAAUCUCAGUUAAACCAAGUGUCCCAGAAGUACCACAUACUAAUGGUUUGGUACCUGUUGAUGAAGAAUCGUAUGGUGCACUUUACCAAGCUACUGUAGAAACAACCAGAAGUUUGGCUGCUGCCUUAGAUAUCCUGAAUACCGCCACCAGAGACAUUGGCAUGUUAAGUACAAGUCUUUGCGCUUCCCCAGAUGAAAUGAAUGAAGAGCAAAAUGCCAGAGCAAGCUUGCAGAAUAGACACUUGAAAGACCAGGACCAUCUUUUCGAGGAUGAGAUAGGAGCAGUGGGUGGAAUUGACCACAGUGACACAGGUCUGAGUGUCCAGUCUGAACAAAAUGGUUCAAGUGACUUACUGUGUGACUCCGAUGCCAGUUCUUACGGCGCUUCUGCUCUUUGUAAUGGCUUUUCUUUGGAAAAUAUAUGUACGCAGGCCAUAGACAGAAAUCAGAAAUUACAUGGUGAUUCAAAACAAAGUAACUUAACAAAUGGAGAAUGUAUAGCGUCAGAUGGCACUUCAGAUCCUUCCAGUUCACUUUCAGUAGCAGCACAACUUAGGGAAGUCAUACCAUCCAGUGCUUUGCCUAAUGGUACAGUUCAGCAUAUCCUCAUGCCAGAUGGUGAGGAUGAAGAAUUGUGUUGGAGAAAAGUAGACUUAGGGGACUUGAGCAGUGUGGAUGUCUUAUCUUUCAGUCAUCCUCCUCCAUUCAAAUUUCUUUCUAAUUCAUAUUGGUCUAAACCAAAAGAAGAUAAAGCAGUAGAUACAUCAGAUUUGGAAGUUGCAGAAGAUCCAAUGGGCCUCCAAGGAAUAGACCUAAUCACAGCAGCAUUACUGUUUUGUCUGGGAGAUUCUCCAGGUGGGAGGGGUAUAUCUGAUAGUCGCAUGGUUGAUGUUUAUCACGUGGAUUUUGGGACUCAGACUUUUUCACUUCCAUCUGCAAUAUUAGCUACAAAUACAAUGGUUGGGGAGAUAGCUUCAGCUUCAGCUUGUGAUCAUGCCAAUCCACAGCUUUCAAAUCCAAGUCCUUUUCAGACACUUGGGCUGGAUUUAGUAUUGGAAUGUGUCGCUAGGUACCAACCCAAGCAGCGUUCAAUGUUUACAUUUGUUUGUGGACAGUUAUUUAGAAGAAAAGAAUUUUCUUCACAUUUUAAGAACGUGCAUGGUGACAUUCAUGCUGGACUCAAUGGCUGGAUGGAACAGAGGUGUCCUUUAGCAUAUUAUGGUUGUACCUACUCUCAGCGUAGAUUUUGUCCGUCAACACAAGGAGCAAAGAUUAUACAUGACCGCCAUUUGAGGUCAUUUGGAGUUCAGCCUUGUGUAUCUACAGUAUUAGUGGAGCCUGCUAGAAACUGUGUGUUGGGAUUACAUAGUGACCAUCUAAGUAGUCUUCCUUUUGAGGUCCUACAACAUAUUGCAGGCUUUCUUGAUGGCUUCAGUUUAUGCCAGCUCUCAUGUGUAUCCAAGUUAAUGAGGGAUGUGUGUGGCAGCCUGCUUCAGUCUCGUGGAAUGGUCAUACUGCAAUGGGGGAAAAAGAAGUAUCCAGAAGGAAAUUCAUCAUGGCAAAUAAAAGAAAAGGUAUGGCGAUUCAGUACUGCAUUUUGUUCUGUUAAUGAAUGGAAGUUUGCUGACAUCCUAAGCAUGGCUGACCACUUGAAGAAAUGCACUUACAACGUUGUGGAGAAACGGGAGGAAGCCAUCCCACUGCCGUGUAUGUGUGUGACCCGAGAACUCACUAAAGAAGGACGCUCACUUCGCUCUGUUUUAAAACCUGUACUUUAGAAAGUGUAACUCCACUUGCACAUACAUGCAAGCACCUAGUAAAAUUUGUCAUAUGUGACACUUUAUCAAUGUAUUAAAGAUUACAACUAGCUAAAUUUAUUGCCACUAUGUAUAUAAUGUUUUGAAGUGACAUAUAUUUUUAUAAAGUACUGUUUAGUUGGAAAAAAGUUGCCUUAAUGUUUGAAAUGUGUGAAAUUUUUGGAACUUGCUGGACAGGGUGAUUUAAUUUUUAGCUACAUAAUUUUCAGAAUUAGUAUUUUUAAUGGUGUGCAUAUCUUGGUUUUUAAAUUUUUUGCUUCUUAAACUAACGAGAUCCUGACCAAACAAUUUAUUCCUCAUGUUUUUUGUGGGUUAUAACCCAUGCAUUCAAAAAGCAAAACUUUGAAUCAGAUUUUUUUCAGCAUACGUUUUUCAGAUAAAAACAUUCAGUUGCUUAAGGACUGCCAUAAGAUCAUUAUAAAAUUUUUAUUUUUUAGUGCUCCCCUUACACAAUUGUUGAUACAUAGAUGAUCUUUAAUAUAUAUUUAUGUAAUAUUUAAAAUCAUGACUGAUGUUUGGUAAUGCAUUUAUCAUGUUUUAAAAAGACGCAAAAAUAUUUUCACCUUCUAUAUUUGCAACUCUCAUAACAGAGAGUGACCAUUUGCAACUUUUGUUUUUGUUGGACAUCACAUCCAAAGACUCAUGGCAAUGUGUUUUAUGACAGGUUAAAGUGAAAACAAAAAGCCUCUGAACUUAUUUUAAUUGGAAACUGUUCAUCAUAUUCUGUAUUUGCUAGGUUUCUGAUAUUUGGAGAGAAGAAAAUAUACCUCAUUUAAAGUUCGGAUUGGGCACAUUGUUUGAAUAAAUUUCAAAUAUUCAGAAUGCAAAGGGCUUAACUUUCUUUCCUAAGCAUAUAAAAUUUUGCCUUUUUAUGUUUAUAAAAAUCACAACUGUUCCUUUAAGACGUUUAACAAUGUGAAAUUUGGUGUCUUUGUAAGAUGACAAUCUUGAAAUAGAGAAACCUGUCUUGGUUGACAAUCUCUUGAAAACAUUUCCAAGUUUAUUUCCCAUAGACUUCUCUACCAAAAUAGUAAGAAUUGCAUCUUUGUGUAAAGAUCAGGGCAUAACAGAAAAAUACUCAAAGUCUUACUGGUGAGGUAUUUUAUUGUAGUUUUCAAUUUGAUAUACACUAUAAUUAACCUGAUGUUAAUUAACCAGUUUUAAAAAAUGAAUAUACGGUGUCCGUAUUUAGAAUUAAAUUUCAGAGAUGGGGACAUACACUUAAGUAAUUUGUUUUAAGUAACUUCUGGCAUUUAGUAGCCUGAAGUGGUGACAAGUUAUUUUGCUAUAACAUCAAACUUCUGUUGUGUCCUCUUUUCUUACAUUUGUCCCUGAGAAUGCUCUGUUGUGACCCAGGUCUUGAUUACCAUACAUGGCAGCCAGGCUGGGCAGAGGUGUUCCUUGGGCAUUAGAAAGGAACUCUGAACUACUAAAGACUUCUUCUGGAUGGGUCACAUCUUUAUUACAGUUAAAAAUAUAGCAUUAAAGACUAAUCAGUUGUUUUGCCUCACCUGUCAUUUUAAUUAGUAGAAUAACUAUUUCUAUGUGUUUAAACUUUCAACUAUGAGAUUGAAUUCUACACUAUUUCUGUGAAAAAGGUCAGAAAUAAGAUAUCAAAUACUGUAAAAUAUAACUCUGCCUUUUAAAGUUUUGCUGAAGAAUGUGUCUGGUUAGGAUAGCACAAACAUUAACUUUCUGUUUUAUGGUUGUGCUUGUUUGGUUUUUAAGUUCAGACUUUUUGUUUCCACACUGGAUCGUGAGAUGUUUAACAGUUUUCCACCUUAUGUUUCUUUUACACAUCUUUAGCUGUUUUCUUUUUUGUUUGUUAUGCCACCAUGUGAU